AUGGGACUGAUAUUGAUUCUAACAGCAGUGUUGUUAGUUUUCUCCGGACAUGGGGACUGCUCAGAGGCGGAGGAACGGUUGAUGAUCGAUGUUUUUCGGGGUUAUAAUUAUUUAAUCCAGCCGGUCCGAAAUCUCUCCGAACUGCCGGUUGUCGUCAAGGUGGCCCUCCAGCUGGUCUUGCUCAUUAAUGUGGAUGAGAAGGAGCAAGUGAUGCAUACAAAUGUUUGGGUCACAUUGAAAUGGUACGAUUUUCAAAUGAGAUGGAAUCCGGUGGACUACGGAGAAAUUCAGAAUAUACGAGUCUCACCUGAUAAAGUGUGGCUGCCGGAUAUUGUGCUCUUUAACAAUGCGGAUGGUACUUUUGAGGUAUCGUUCAUGUGCAACGUCGUGAUUGAGCAUGAUGGUUCGAUGCUCUGGGUACCGCCAGCAAUCUAUAAAAGCUCUUGUAUUAUAGAUGUGGAAUACUUCCCAUUUGACGAGCAGACUUGCCACUUGAUUUUCGGCUCAUGGACGUAUAACGAACAAGAGAUUACAUUGGAAUUCGAGAAAUCGGAAUAUGUUGAUUUAUCUGAAUACGCCCCUUCUUCAAUUUGGGAUGUAAUCGAUGCUCCGGCGUCGCUAGUCGAUAAACGGAGUCGAAUCGAGUUCCAAGUAAAAAUCAGAAGAAAAACUUUAUUCUACACUGUUGUGCUCAUCAUUCCCACCGUUUUGAUGGCCUUCCUAUCAAUGGCUGUAUUUUUCUUGCCGACAGAUUCGACCGAGAAGAUGACGCUCACAAUCUCCGUCUUGCUCUCUAUCGUCGUGUUUUUGUUGCUGGUCUCCAAAAUUUUACCUCCAACUUCUAGCACAAUUCCGUUGAUGGCAAAGUACCUUCUGUUAACCUUUGUCCUAAACGUCAUUACCAUCCUGACGACCGUCAUUGUUAUUAAUGUAUAUUUCCGUGGGCCACUCACCCAUGAUAUGCCGCAAUGGGUUAGGCGGGUGUUUUUGGAGAUUCUGCCCAAAUUCAUGUGCAUGAAGCGUCCGAAAAGGAUCAAGAAGAUGGCAAAACGCGAUAAGAAGCAAUCAAAUGGAGCCGUCGCGGCGGUGCCAGGACUUGGUAAAUUUACGCUUAACACGGCUGAACACCAUCCAUUUUGUGCGAGUGGCAGUGUUAAGGACAGAACCCAUCUGGCGCCUCCAUCACCGGAUUUGCACAUAAAGCGUGAUCCACAGACAGCGUUGUUUUAUCCGUUGACAGCCGAUGGCAUACGAGCAAUUGAUGCUAUUGAAUAUAUAACCGACCAUCUCAAAAAAGAAGAAGAACACAAAAUGCAACGUGACGAUUGGAAAUAUGUUGCAAUGAUCAUCGAUCGGCUACUCCUUUAUAUUUUCUUCGGGAUCACCGUCGGUGGUACGUGCGGGAUCCUGCUCUCAGCGCCCAAUGUUUUUGACGUCGUCGAUCAACAACGGAUUCUCGAUGAUCUUCGGCACCUUUAUAACAAUAAAAAGCCGAGU